AUGAAAUAUCAAAAAGAAGAAGAACAUAAUUGUACUAAAAGACAGAAAUGUGCACAAUGUGAUGGUGAACACCAUUCGCUUCAUGGUAUAUGUCAUGUCAUACCACAAUAUCGGUCGGAUCUAAAAGAAGAUGUUUACAAAGCCUUGGAAUCUGGCAAACUACAUAGAAGUGAUUACACAAAACAACAACAUGCUUUUAGUAUGAAAGAUCAAGAUUUUCCACCACUGGGAGAAUUGAAAAAACCUCGACAAGCAACAUGGAAUCAUGUAUAA